AUGGCCCCAAACAUCCGCAAAUCCCACCCCCUACUAAAAAUAAUCAACAACUCCCUAAUCGACCUUCCCGCACCCUCUAAUAUCUCUGCCUGAUGAAACUUCGGAUCUCUGCUCGCCAUCUGCCUGGCCACACAAAUCCUCACAGGCCUCCUACUGGCUAUGCACUACACCGCAGACACAUCCCUUGCUUUCUCCUCAGUAGCCAACACAUGCCGAAACGUCCAAUAUGGCUGACUCAUCCGCAACCUCCACGCCAAUGGCGCCUCAUUCUUCUUCAUCUGCAUCUACCUGCACAUCGGACGAGGCUUCUACUACGGCUCCUACCUGUAUAAAGAAACUUGAAAUACAGGAGUAAUCCUACUGCUCACUCUUAUAGCAACUGCCUUCGUAGGUUAUGUCCUGCCAUGAGGACAAAUAUCGUUCUGAGGAGCUACCGUAAUUACCAACUUAUUUUCAGCCCUCCCAUACAUCGGACAGACCCUGGUAGAAUGAGCCUGAGGAGGAUUCUCAGUGGAUAACCCAACCCUAACCCGAUUCUUCGCCAUUCACUUCCUACUACCCUUUUUAAUCGCAGGAAUCACCCUAGUCCACUUAACCUUCCUACACGAAUCAGGCUCAAACAACCCCCUAGGUCUUGUAUCAGACUGUGACAAAAUCCCAUUCCACCCCUACUUCUCCUUUAAGGACAUCCUAGGAUUUAUCCUCAUGCUUACCCCCCUCAUAGCACUAGCCCUAUUCUCACCUAACCUUCUAGGGGACCCAGAAAACUUCACCCCCGCAAACCCCCUAGUAACCCCACCACACAUUAAACCAGAAUGAUACUUCCUAUUCGCCUACGCCAUCCUGCGGUCAAUCCCAAACAAACUAGGAGGCGUCCUAGCACUAGCCGCCUCCGUCCUAAUCCUAUUCCUGGUCCCCUUCCUCCACAAAUCAAAACAACGAACAAUAACAUUCCGGCCGCUCUCCCAACUCCUAUUCUGAACACUAGUGGCCAACCUCCUCGUCCUAACAUGAGUGGGAAGCCAACCUGUCGAACACCCAUUCAUCAUCAUCGGGCAACUCGCAUCAAUUACUUACUUCACCAUCCUCCUAUUCCUUUUCCCUGCCGUAAGCGCCCUAGAAAACAAAAUGCUUAACUGCUAA